AGCUGUGGUUGCUGUUUCUCAAGAACUUCAAGCUGAGAAUUAUCAUGAUAUUGAUAGAAUUAAUGCCAGGAAGGAUAACGUUUUACGUUUAUGGAACUACUUGUUAGAACUUUUGAGAGCAAGAAGAAUGAGAUUGGAGUUGGCUUUACAAUUACAACAGAGCUUCCAAGAAAUGAUCUAUAUUUUGGAUUCUAUGGAGGAGAUCAAAAAACGAUUGAUGACAGACGAUUUUGGAAAGCAUUUGAUGGGUGUCGAAGAUUUAUUACAGAAACACUCACUUGUUGAAGCUGACAUAAAUGUUUUGGGUGAGCGAGUAAAGGCUGUUGUUGCGCAUUCUCAGAGGUAUCUUGAUAGUGGUGCUACUGAAGGUUACAGACCAUGCGAUCCAGCAAUUAUUGUUGAGCGGGUUCAACAAUUGCAAGAAGCUUAUGCUGAACUAGUUCGUUUGGCUGUUGAACGUAGAACCAAGCUUGAAGAGAGCAGGAAGUUGUGGCAGUUCUAUUGGGAUAUGGCUGAUGAAGAGAACUGGAUUAAGGAGAAGGAAAAUAUUGCAUCCAGUGGAGAAAUCGGAAGAGAUUUGACAAGCAUUAAUUUGCUUUUGUCCAAACACAAAGCUUUGGAAAAUGAAAUUUCAUCCCAUGAAUCACAGUUGAUGAAAGUGGUUUCUACUGGCGACGAUUUAGUCAGAGAGGGACAUUUUGGUGCAGAUCGAAUUCAAGAACGAGUACAAGAAAUCUUGGCAAAUUGGAACAACUUACUAGACAAAGCAGCAUUCCGAAGAAAGAGAUUAGAAGAAGCUGUAGAUUACUUCCAAUUCUUUGCUGAUGCUGAGGAUGUUGAUGCCUGGAUGCUAGAUUUGUUGCGCAUUGUUAAAUCUGAAGAUGUUGGUAGAGACGAAGCUAAUGUGCAAAGUUUGUUGAAGAAACACAAAGAUGUUACUGAUGAAUUGAAGAAUUAUGCAUCUACAGUUGAAGCCUUGAAAACUCAAGCUUCUCAAUUAGGUGCACAGGAUGCUAAAUCUCCUGAAGUUGUUCAAAGGUUGAAUGCCAUUGAUGAUCGUUAUAAAGAAUUGAAUGAACUAGCCAAGUUGAGAAAGCAACGUUUAUUGGAUGCCAUGAGCUUGUAUAAAUUGUACUCUGAAAGCGAUGGAGUCGAACAAUGGAUUGGUGAAAAGGAUAGAAUGCUACAAACAAUGGUGCCUGCUAAGGAUAUUGAAGAUGUAGAAAUAAUGAAACAUAGAUAUGAUGGUUUCGACAAAGAAAUGAAUGCUAAUGCCUCUCGUGUCGCUGUUGUUAAUCAAUUAGCAAGACAAUUGUUACAUGUAGAACAUCCAAACAGUGAACAAAUUGUUGCCAGACAAAAUCGCUUAAAUCAAGAUUGGGCUAUGCUACGCGACAAAGCCGAAGCUAAGCGCGACGAGCUCAAUUCUGCUCAUGGAGUUCAAACAUUCCACAUUGAAUGCAGAGAAACUAUUUCUUGGAUCGAAGAUAAGAAACGUAUUCUUACUGAUACUGAUAGCUUGGAAAUGGACUUGACUGGAGUGAUGACCUUGCAGAGACGUUUGUCCGGAAUGGAAAGAGAUCUUGCUGCAAUUCAAGCCAAAUUAGAUUCUCUUGAACGUGAAGCUGAUGCUAUUGAAGGAGAACAUCCUGAAGAAGCCGCCAUCAUCCGUGAGAGAAUUGUUCAAAUUCAAAUGAUUUGGGAACAAUUAACUUUGAUGUUGAAAGAACGUGACUCCAAGUUGGAAGAAGCUGGAGAUCUGCACAGAUUUUUGCGUGAUUUGGAUCACUUCCAAGCAUGGUUGACUAAGACACAAACUGAUGUAGCUUCUGAAGACACACCAGCUUCAUUACCUGAUGCUGAAAAAUUAUUAUCUCAACAUCAAACAAUCAGGGAAGAAAUUGAUAAUUAUACAGAUGAUUACACAAAGAUGAUGGAAUAUGGAGAAAGAAUUACUGCAGAACCUUCAACUCAGGAUGAUCCACAGUAUAUGUUCUUGAGAGAACGUUUGAAGGCUUUGAGAGAUGGCUGGGAGGAAUUGCAUCAGAUGUGGGAAAACAGACAGCAAUUGUUGAGUCAAUCUCUAGACUUGCAACUGCUCCAAAGAGAUGCUAGACAAGCCGAAGUACUGCUUAGUCAGCAAGAACAUACUCUUAGCAAAGAUGAUACCCCAACUAACUUGGAACAAGCUGAAAACCAAAUCAAACGUCAUGAAGCUUUCUUGACAACUAUGGAAGCUAAUGACGACAAAAUUAAUUCAGUUGUAUCUUUUGCAAACAAGUUAUGUGAUGAAGGCCAUUAUGCAGCUGAUAAAGUACAAAAGAAGGCUGAGAACAUAGAUGAGCGUCGCAAUGCCAAUCGCGAAAAGGCUUUGCAGCAAUUGGAAAAAUUGAGAGAUCAACUACAACUGCAUCAAUUCUUGCAAGAUUGCGAAGAAUUGGGUGAAUGGGUUCAAGAAAAGAACAUAAUUGCUCAAGAUGAAACUUACCGCAGUGCCAAAACUGUUCACAGCAAAUGGACACGUCAUCAAGCAUUCGAAGCCGAAAUUGCUGCUAAUAAAGACCGUCUUCGUGCUGUAGAAAAAGCCGCAAAUGAAUUGAUGAAAGAGAAACCAGAGUUCAAAGAGUUGAUUCAUCCUAAGAUGCAAGAAUUACAAGACCAAUUUGAUGACUUGGAGAACACAACAAAGGAGAAGGGAGAAAGAUUGUUUGAUGCCAAUCGCGAAGUAUUGAUCCAUCAAACUGUUGAUGACAUUGAUUCAUGGAUGAAUGAUUUAGAAAAACAAAUCGAAAGCACCGACACUGGUAAUGAUCUUGCAUCGGUGAACAUUCUGAUGCAAAAGCAACAGAUGAUUGAAACUCAAAUGGCCGUUAAAGCGCGUCAAGUUAGUGAUUUGGACAAACAAGCAGAACAUCUUCAGAAGAGUGCUACUCCCGCAGAGAAGAUGGAUGAUAUUAAAGCAAAGAAAACCCAAGUUGAAAGAAGAUUUGAACAAAUCAAAGCUCCACUUAUGGAAAGGCAAAAGCAAUUGGAGAAAAAGAAGGAAGCUUUCCAAUUUCGCCGAGAUGUCGCGGAUGAGAAACUGUGGAUAGACGAAAAAAUGCCACAAGCUUUGAGCCAGGAUUAUGGAAACUCAUUAUUCCAAGUACAUAUGCUAAAGAAGAAGAACAGAUCAUUGGACACUGAAAUUGAUAAUCAUGAGCCAAGGAUUCAAGCCAUUAUUUCGAACGGAAACAAAUUAAUCGCUGAAGGACAUGAGGCUACUCCUGAAUUUGAGCGAUUAAUACAAGAAUUAAGUGAAAAAUGGAAGUCACUCAAAGAUGCAGUCGAUAAUCGUUUAAAUCAUCUCUUACAAUCUGAGAAAGCUCAACAAUACUUCUUCGAUGCUGCGGAAGCUGAGAGCUGGAUGAGCGAACAAGAACUCUACAUGAUGGUUGAAGAUCGAGGUAAAGAUGAAAUUUCAGCGCAGAACUUGAUGAAGAAACACGACACUUUGACACAAGACGUAGAAGAUUACGCUCAAGUUAUCAGGCAACUCGGUGAAACUGCGCGGUUAUUGACUCAAGAGAAACACCCAUACAGUGAUCAAAUUGCUGUCAAACAAUCACAAGUUGAUAAAUUGUAUGCUGGAUUGAAAGACUUGGCUGGAGAACGUAAAGCUAAACUGGAUGAAGCCUUACAAUUGUUCAUGUUAAAUCGUGAAGUUGAUGAUUUGGAACAAUGGAUUGCUGAACGAGAAGUUGUUGCUGGUUCACAUGAACUUGGACAAGACUAUGAUCAUGUAACAUUAUUAUGGGAGCGCUUCCGUGAAUUUGCUCGUGAUACACAAGCUGCUGGAGGAGAACGUGUCCAGGCUGCUAGUGAUUUAGCAGAUAGGCUGAUUGCUGCUGGACAUUCAGAUUCUGCAACAGUAGCUGAAUGGAAAGAUGGUCUUGGUGAAGCUUGGCAAGAUCUUCUUGAAAUUAUUGAAACUAGAACUCAAAUGUUAGCUGCUUCCCGUGAACUCCAUAAAUUCUUCCAUGAUUGUAAAGACGUUUUGGGUCGUAUUUUGGAGAGACAACACGGUGUGUCUGAUGAAUUGGGCAGAGAUGCUGGAUCAGUAAGCGCACUUCAAAGAAAACACCAAAACUUUGUGCAAGACUUAAUGACUCUUCAAACACAAGUACAACAAAUUCAAGAAGAAUCUGCAAAAUUGCAAGCUUCAUAUGCAGGUGAUCGUGCUCGUGAAAUUACAAAUCGCGAAGCUGAAGUAUUAAACGCCUGGGCACAAUUACGUGGUGCUUGUGAUGCCAGGAGACAUAAAUUAGCUGAUACUGGAGAUCUAUUCAGAUUCUUCAAUGCAGUCCGUACUCUCAUGAUCUGGAUGGAUGAUGUUGUUAGACAGAUGAAUACCAGCGAGAAACCAAGAGAUGUGAGUGGAGUCGAACUCCUGAUGAACAACCACCAGUCUCUCAAAGCCGAAAUUGAUACACGCGAAGAUAAUUUUGCAUCAUGUAUCGCUUUGGGUAAAGAGUUGUUGUCCAGGAAUCACUAUGCUUCGAACGAAAUUAAAGAGAGGUUAUUGCAACUUAGCAACCAGAGGAACUCUCUCUUACAUAGAUGGGAAGAACGCUGGGAGAAUCUACAACUGAUUCUGGAAGUAUAUCAAUUCGCCCGUGAUGCGGCUGUGGCUGAAGCCUGGUUAAUUGCUCAAGAACCAUAUCUAAUGUCUCAAGAAUUAGGUCAUACCAUCGAUGAAGUCGAAUGUCUGAUCAAGAAACAUGAAGCCUUUGAAAAAUCAGCAGCCGCUCAAGAAGAACGAUUUGGAGCUCUCGAACGAUUAACAACGUUCGAAUUGAAAGAACUAAAACGCAGACAAGAAUUGGCGGAAGAAGAAGAACGCAAACGCCAGCAGGCAGCGCAGGAGGCGUUGCGAGCGCAGCAGCGUGAAAGAGAGAAAGAAUCAGCUGCUCUUAAGGAGAAGGAAGGAGAUGGCACUGAUGGUGCCAAAUCUUCCUCCGAAGCAGGAAAGAGGAAGAGGCACAAGGUGCAUCCACCCUUUCCCCAUCCAGUGCGUUCCUAUCAGCAGAACGUUCUCCUAGCGGCGGUCCAGGAGCAUCCUCGACAUUGCCGAGCAGUGCUGGUAGGAAACACGGAUCCAGAUCCAGAUCCAAGUCUCCGUUCAGGAGUUUUAGAUGGCGCAGAAGUGCGUCUUCAUCGAAACAGGAAGGAACAAGUGCCAACAGCGAUGACGAAGAUCGUCCAAGCCCUGGAUCAUAUGAUGAUUCCGUUGCUGAAGGCGUUUUGACCAGAAAACAUGAAUGGGAAUCCACUACCAAGAAGGCAACCAAUAGGUCUUGGGAUAAAGUUUACUGCGUCGCCCGUCAAGGUCGUUUAUGGUUCUACAAAGACCAGAAAACAUACAGAUCAACUCCUGAUCAGACCUGGAAAGGAGAAGGUGCAUUGGAGCUACGAGGAGGUGCUGCUGA